GAAUUUAACUCCCACGUAUAAGACCAGAUUUAUGUCAUGGCGGCAGGUUCAAUCUCUGGUGAUGAAUUUGUAAAGUUAGCACAUAAUUUCCUUGUUUUGGCUGAAAAGACAAAGGAUUCGUGGAAAAUAAAAGAAAUACCUGACAAACAGUAUUAUCUUUCCAAGAAAGAAGUGAAAAAGAUAUCAAGACAACACAUUGAGCAAAAGCAGUAUGAAGAAUUGACUUGCAUAGAUAAGGAAGAUGAUUGUCAACUGGAAUUAAGUUCUACAGAAUGUGUUACCUACGAGUACCAUGUUGUAUACAGCCACAGUUAUAAUGUCCCUGUUUUAUAUUUUAAUGUGUAUCACCAGAAUGGAAAAUUAUUGAGUCUUGAUGAAGUUUGGUCUGAUAUUCCUGAAUGCUAUCGGGACAGAUUGUUAGAAGAGCGCUGGAGUUUUAUAACACAACAGGAACACCCUUUACUUGGACGUCCAUUUUUCAUGCUGCAUCCAUGUCACACCAAAGAUUUGAUGGCACAAGUUACAUCAAUACAAGACGAUGGUCAAAGAAACUACCUCUUGAGCUGGUUAUGUGCAGUAGGCCCUGUGGUUGGCUUGAAAAUGUCCCCACUCUAUGGAUAUGAACAUGCCAAACCUGGAGAUUAACAACCUUCAUGGGUUGAUGAAUGAUGGGAAAACUAGAGUGAACUUCAGCUGAACUGGUGAUACAGUGUCAAAACAUAAGAAAUAGAAGACAUGGACAAAUCAUUCAGAAAUGUUAUGUAUCCUCAGGUUUCUAAGAAUCGGAAAGUCCAGCAUGUUGACUUGCUCAUGGUUCCAGAUAAAUGCCUUCAACAUAGAACAUGCUUCAUCAAAGAAAGGGCAAAUAUGAAUGUCGUUAUUCUAGAAAAAAUAUACUGGGCAUUGUAGGUGAAUAAUGAUAUACUAAAGUGGUAUCAUAAGAUCCUUCACCUCAAACCCUUUUUUUCAUCAGUAGGACAACUGAUAUACUAUGUUGACACUUCACAGACAAGACAUUGAGAAGAUUUGAUAUGUCAGCACUAAGAUGCAAUAUGUCAAUGGACAUGUCAAAAAGAAGGGUUUGUUAUGUACUGAAAUCUCUGAGUGUGAAGAAGGCUGUGACCUUGACAUAGACUUCUCUAAUGGUACAUGUUUACAUGUCUUCAAUAAAUAGUGAAAAAGUUGUUGUCUUCGAUAACUAAAUCAUUUAGUAACAUAAAUUAUUUGUUAACUGUACACAUGGGUCCACUCCUGCACUUUGAAAAUAUUUAAUGAUCAUUAUAAAAUGAAUCUUAUAGUAUAUACCAUAGUAUUUUUAAAAUGUGCCCCUUAUACCAUUUGUUAGGUUGCCAAAUGCAUGCUUCCGUAGCUUCUCAGUUCCAUCUAUUCAAAAGCUGCAUAUUCAGAAAUUAAUGCAAUGUUUUAUAAUUCUUAUGAACAUCACAUUUAUUAAAACAAGCAUUUUGAUUUAUGCUUGAAAUGUUUUUCAAGAGCAUGUCAUCCUGAAUAUGUUUCCACUAAUGUUUAGCAAACAACAAUCAAUCAAUCACGAGUAUGUACAGAAAUUGCAUUGAUUAAUCUCACAUAAGCAUUGGUUAUCAAAGAUUGUAAUUAUAUUUAUACAAUGUACACAUCAAAUCUUUUUUUCCACAGUAAUAGAAAUAGCCACAUUGUGACAAAUAUCACUUAAUAAGUCCUCCUUCAUGUUUAAAAUCCAAUGGAAAUGAAAUGUAAAUAUGAAAAGUAAUGCUUAUGAAAAACAUUUGCCCAAGAGAUGAGUAAAUUAAGAAAAUGUAUAUUGCAAAUUCUGAAAAUUUCCGAUGUUUUUAUUAUUGUAAAAAUUGAGACGGUAUAGGUGUUGCAAACGUUUAAACUCACAAUUCGAUUUUAAAAGCAUUAUUUGUAUGUAGUACUUCAUGAAAAAGCAAUAAUUCAUCUCAUAUUUUUGUACAUUGUUUUAACAACUGCAAUAACAAAUGAAUGCCAAAAAUUCUGAAUUUACAGUAUUAAGAAAAAUUAUUUCAAGGAUCAGAAUUUAUAUUUAUUAUAUUUCAAUGUUACUGGGUAAACAUCACAUCUGUGUAGAUAUUGAAUAGCUUUGUUUCCAAUACAAGAACACAGAUUUAGGAAGUUGGCAACUUUUAGUGCUAAAGUCUAAAUGUUUGAAAAGAUAAAUUAUACAGCUGUAAAAAUGACAAAGGGAGACAAUCCUAGAAAGUUAUAGAUAUGACAAAUGUAAACUGAAUUAUUUCCCUUUAUUAAGAUAAUUGUGUCAGAUGUCUUGCUUUAACUUGUUGGUAUAAUUUGUUUCAUCAAAGGAUCUCUUUACAGAAAAUCUGCCUUUUUGUUUCAAACUUCUUGAAAUUAUAGUGAAGAAUUUCAUAUUUUAAGCAUGGUGGACCUUGUUCACUGAUAAUAUGUUGUAGAUAAGAUAGAUGAAACAUGAAAUGAUACAACUUUGUCAGUAAUCCAGUAAUCUAGUUGUAGUUAAACCUUGCUUCAGCUAUAAUACCCAUUGCCAUGAUGCUUCCAUUAGGAAAUUGUCAUUAUAGUUACUUGAAAGAGACAAAAGGAUAGAAAUCAAAUUAGAAAUAAAUGAGUCAGUUUUAAGUACUUUCAGGCAAACUUGCAGGGUUCUAAUGAGCCAGUUUAAUUCAAGUUUAUGUAUUGGAAAAACACAAAUGUACCAAACUAUAUGGUAGUAUCUAAAACAUAAGUGAAAAAUCACAGGCGAAAAGGGAAAAUGAAAAUUUUCUAAACAAGAUGUGGCAUUUAAAUUUUGCCAAUUCACAAGCACUUUCUACUGGGGAUUUGGGACAGGCAUAGCUCAGUGUAGUCACAGAAAAAAUUUCAAAUAGCCUUUGAAGAUGUCCUAAUUAUUUAUACUAGUGUAACUGUACCAUUUAAGAACAACAAAGAUAUCAAGUAGUAAAAUUUGAGGUCAAUCAUUGAAAGUUUUUUAAAAAAAAAAAAACACAACAAAACAUUGGUAUAAUUUUUAAUCUUUUAUUUAUCAAGCUUUCUGGAACCCAAGGUGCCAGCAACUUAGGCUGAGGCAGACGUGUUUCUUCCAAUUAAUUCUGCUCAUUUGGGUUAAGUUUUGAGCAGAAUUAAUUCCAGCCCUUAGGAACCCAUAGGUAAUAUAUGUGAUAUAUCAACACAGAAAUCUUGUAUACAACACUCUUUUCAAUACAGCUGAGUCACUAUGGCCUUCUUUUCAUGCUUAAGUUACUGCUUAAUUUUAAACUGAAGUUUCAUUUCUAAAGCUUAUAUAUUAUCAGUGAAAUUUUGCAACCACUUUACAAUUCAAUUUUGGUCAGAACGACAACCUACCGUUAAUAUCACUCUUGAGUGACUUUAUUUCACAAACAUUUUGAGUUUAGGGCCAUUUGUCAGAAAUCUUCAGUAAUAUAUCAAUGACAUUUACAACUGUAGUCUCCUUGCAUAAUACAGCACUGCUCAGCAUCAUUUGGGUAACUAUGUCAUAAAUCACACUUUGAAAGUUAGGUUAAGUUCUGGUCUUAAUUCCAUUUACCAAUCAAUGAUAUUUCACUACUACACUCUUUCAAAAGUGCAACAUUGGCCAGUGAUGUUUUGGUCACUGUAACCUACAUUUCACACAUGAUUGAUUAAUUGGUGUUGAGCAUUACUUUCAGCACUAUUGUGCUAUUAUAUAACGGCCAGUUUUAAAUGGUGGAGGAAACCAUAGUGCUCGGAGAGAACCAAUUACCUUCGGUAGGAAAACUCUCAAUCCUAGUCAAUUACGAUGGGAGUCAAGCCACCUGCGGGAUUCAAACUCACAAGCUCAUUGCUGAAAGGCUAGUGAUACAGUAGUUCGACUACUUAGGGAGCUACCAUUUGAUUUUUAUGGGGGGGGGGGGGGGGGGGCUAGGAUGAAAUUUGAAAAAAAGGCAGGACAGGAGUUUUGAGUUAAAAAAAAAAAAAGGUAGGAUGACAAUUUAUGUAGAAAAAGGCAGGACCGAAUAGAGUGAAAAAUAAAAAGGCAGGACAGAGAUUACAACUAAAAAAAAUGCAGGGCAAAAUUUUUCAUCCUAGCCCCC